AUGCAAUUAACUGCAUUUAAACUUCCUAAUACGGAAAUGUCCCUAACAAAUAGGGCAUUCAUAAACAGCCGAGAUUACUCGGACCCUUUGCGCUACAGUACGUUACACACGGGAUUUGCCACCUAUAUUUUUCGUGUUGAUCCUUCAGACCGUAUCCCUCAUGGUAAAAUUGGCUUUGGCCUAACACAGGUUUGUGCGGUUUUUUUUCUAUUCUCUUCAUUUUUUAGAGAGAAUGGACAAAUAUUUCACUUGACCAGACUAUCGACCUUGAACCUUGCAAGCUUCCGUCUGAUGCCUAUCUCAGUUUGGUUCAUUUUUCUGUUGAAGUCUUUCGAAAAAAACAGUAGAUUCUUUUAUUUCUUCUCCAAAAAAUCUUUUCUUUCAAGAGCUCCUAAGGAACCCAUAAACGCCGAUGCGCUAUCCAAAGAGGUUUCCCAAAAAUUGGCCGAUUUACCUCUUACCGUUGGUCAACCACUAAUCUUUAUGUUGGACCAGCUUACGCUGACGUUUACUGUCAAAUCCCUUUCAUGCAUAUCGAUGGAGAAAGGAGAUAAGAAGUGUCAAUUUGGUCUCCUCACGGGCAACACAAUUAUCACUUGGGAACGCGCUCCUGAUUCAAAUCUCAUUCUUGUUGGAAAAGCGGCUCAGGGUAGCGGUUGUGGAAUUGGAGGAAUGAGCAUCAUCAAUCCCAACUGGGAUUUCACCCAAAUGGGAAUCGGUGGUCUGGACAAGGAGUUUUCCGACAUCUUUCGACGCACUUUCGCCUCUCGAAUGUUCCCACCGGAGGCUUCUCAACAACUCGGAAUGAAACACGUUCGUGGUAUUCUCCUUUAUGGCCCCCCUGGUACAGGUAAGACGCUGAUGGCUCGCCAAAUCGGCAAGAUGCUCAACGCUCGUGAGCCCAAGAUCGUCAACGGCCCAUCCAUAUUGGAUAAGUACGUUGGUGAAUCGGAGGCCAACAUCCGUAAACUCUUUGCCGACGCGGAGGAGGAGGAAAAACGUAUGGGAGCACAUUCUGCUCUCCAUAUCAUCAUCUUUGAUGAAAUUGAUGCCAUCUGUAAAACCAGAGGCUCGGUGGGGUCUGGUGCUGGCGUACAUGACACAGUAGUCAAUCAACUUCUCACUAAACUGGACGGUGUUGAUCAACUCAACAAUAUCCUCGUCAUCGGUAUGACAAAUCGACGUGAUAUGAUUGAUGAGGCUCUUCUUCGUCCUGGUCGUCUUGAGAUGCAACUAGAAAUCUCCCUUCCAGAUGAGGAAGGCCGUCUUGAAAUUCUGAAAAUCCACACUGCAAAGAUGGCUGCCUCGAAGAAACUUGCUCCAGAUGUGAAUUUGAAGGAGCUUUCUGCUAAAACUAAGAACUUCAGCGGUGCUGAAAUUGAGGGUCUUUGUCGUGCUGCCGCAUUCACUGCAAUGUAUCAACUUGUGAAGCCCUCCGGAAAGCAGAAGAUUGAUCCGGACGCCUUCGACAAACUUCUUGUUAAGAGAGCUGACUUUAUGUAUGCUCUGGAAAAUGACGUCAAGCCUGCCUUUGGCACCGCAGAGGAAGAGCUAGCUUACUAUGCUCCUCGAGGUCUCAUGAUUUGGGGUGAGCCAGUAACCCGUGCUCUCGCAAUGGGCGAUCUGGCCGUCAAAGCAGUGGGUGGUGGUUCUGCAGUCUCCGACAAAGCCAGCCAGAUACAACUGCCCCCCGAGACCCAUCGACCCGUUACAUUGCUUCUCGAAGGUGCUCCCAAAGCCGGCAAAACUGCUUUGGCUGUGGAAAUCGCCAAAAGAUCCGGCUUCCCAUUUGUGAAAAUUGUCACUAAUCAUAAGAUGAUUGGAUACACCGAAACGGCCAAGUGUAUGGCUAUCAAGAAGAUAUUUGAUGAUGCAGCCAAGUCGCCAAUGAGUGUUGUGAUUGUAGACAAUCUGGAGGGCUUGAUUGAGUACAAUCCCGUAGGUCCGCGCUACUCUAAUUAUAUGGUUCAGGCCAUCAAAGAUCUCCUCUCUCAACCCCUCCCAGCUGGUCGAAAGAUGUUGGUACUUGCCACAACAAGUGCUCGAGAGGCGAUGGAAGACCAACAGUUGACCAGAUCCUUCUCUUGGCAUCUCCACGUUGCAAUGAUGUCAACUCCUGCACAUAUCGUGGCUGCUCUGGAAAUGGAUCAGCGCUUGACAACACAAGAAGUUCGUGCUAUCGAACAGAACCUCAUUCAUCGAAAACAAAACGACCCCACUUUCAAUCUCUGUGUCGGGAUCAAGCAUCUUAUUGAUCUAUUGGAUCUCAUUACACAGAUGGAACCCGAUUUUCGCGUUGCAUCUUUCCUAUCCAAAUUGGAAGAUGACAACCUCGUUUAG